AGUGUGGUCUCUGCUCACGAAUGUUGGUGGAACAGGUGUUGCUAUGGUGAUGUUGAUCAGAAUGGCUCCUCUUCCUCUGAUCUUCCUGUUUGCUGUUCACAUGGUUUCUGGUGCUGAUUGGGCUGUGAAUUACAACCCCUUACACAUCUGUGCACUAAAAGACUCAUCAGUGAUAAUGAGCUGCACUUAUACAUACCCUACUGGACAUCAGAUCAGGAGAGUGUUCUGGAACAAAGACCUUGUAAAACAUGGAGACGAGCUUGCAGAUCUAUCUGAGGACCCUGAAUACAGUCAGAGGGUUCAGUAUCUGGGAGAUAAACAACAGAACUGCACCGUCAGACUGAGUCAUGUGACAAAGAAAGAUGAACAUGAGUAUUAUUUCAGAAUCACUACUGAUAAAACAGAAGGAAAAUGGACUGGUAAACCAGGAGUGAGUCUCUCUGUCACAGAUCUUCAGCUGGAGUCUCCUGAGAGAGUGACAGAGGGAGAUUCAGUCCGUCUGACAUGUAAAAGCAGCUGUAAUCUGACUGAUACACCAACAUUCAUCUGGUACAGAAACUCACAGACAUGGACUGAAGGAACUAUUGGAAACAAACUCAUCCUCAAGUCAGUCAGAAGAGAAGAUGCAGGCAGAUAUAGAUGUGCUGUAGAUGGACACACUCUCACAUCACCUGAGGUCUCUCUCAAUGUCAAGUAUCCACCCAGGAAUGUCUCUGUGUCCAUCAGUGGAUCUGCUGUAAUAAUGGAGGAAGACUCAGUGACUCUGAGCUGCAGCAGUGACUCAAACCCUCCUGCAGAAAUCUACUGGUUGAAAGGAAAAAAUAAUAUUGAACAUGGAAAAAACUUCCACAUCUCCAAGAUCAGCUCUGAUGACAGUGGAGAAUACAAAUGUAGAGCCAUCAGUGAACGUGGAGAUACAUACUCUGAUCCUGUGACUUUAGAUGUCCAGUAUCCUCCAAAGAACGUCUCAGUGUCCAUCAGUGGAUCUGCUGUAAUAAUGUCUGGAGAUUCAGUGACUCUGAGCUGCAGCAGUGACUCAAACCCUCCUGCACUGAACUUCAGCUGGUAUAAAGGAGAAAUGUUUGUAGGAUCUGGAAGAAUCUUCAACAUCUCCAAGAUCAGCUCUGAUGACAAUGGAGAAUACAAGUGUAGAGCCAGAAAUGAACAUGGAGAGAAAUACUCUGAUCCUGUAACUAUAAAUGUCCAGUACCCUCCCAGUAAUGUCUCAGUGUCCAUCAGUGGUUCUACUUUAAUAAUGGAGGGAGAUUCAGUGACUCUAAGCUGCAGCAGUGACUCAAACCCUCCUGCGCUGAACUUCAGCUGGUUUAAAGGAGAAACAUUUGUAGGAUCUGGAAGAAUCUUCAACAUCUCAAAGAUCAGCUCUGAUGACAGUGGAGAAUACAAGUGUAGAGCCAGAAAUAUACAUGGAGGGAAAUACUCUGAUCCUGUGACUUUAGAUGUCCAGUACCCUCCCAGGAACGUCUCUGUGUCUAUAAAUGGAUCUGCUGUAAUAAUGGAGGGAGAUUCAGUGAGUCUGAUGUGCAUCAGUUACUCAAACCCUCCUGCUCUGAACUUCAGCUGGUUUAAGGAGAAUCAAAGCUCAGCUGUUGGAUCUGGACAGAGUUUCAGUGCAGUACAGAGUGGACGCUUCUACUGUGAGGCUCACAAUCCACAUGGAGCUCAGAGAUCAGACGCCGUCACUGUCACUGUUAAAGGACGUCCGCUGAUAUUAUACACAUCUAUUGGAGUGGGUUGCGGAGCUGCAGUUGUCAUUAUGAUGUUGCUGAUUUGGUAA